UCUCCACCCAAGAUCCCAAACCCCACACCCAUAAAUCCCACUCCACUCACCCACUCAACUGCGACAAAAUUUGCUGAAACAUGAAGGACUCCGAUCUGCUGCCGAUAUCCACUCCCGCUACAAGCAAACUUUUCGGAAAAGGCCGCUACAAGCUCUACGCGCUCAUCGCCAUCCUCCUCCUCGCCUGCUGGUCGAUGCUCACCGGCACCGUCACGCUCAAAUCCUCGGCCGCUACCGACACGGACGCCGCGAUCCGAUCCGAUCUCGAUGUUUUGGAAGUGGAGGAGAGAGAGAAAGUAGUGAGAAAGAUGUGGGAGGUUUACUCUCACAAUCGCCAGAUUCAAUUGCCGAGGUUUUGGCGGGAAGCGUUUGAGGCCGCGUAUGAGGAGCUUGCGGAUGAAGAUUCGAAGAUUAGGGAGGAUACGAUCUCUGAGAUCGCGCGCAUGUCGAUGCAGAGGCUUCUAGAUCUGGAGAGUUAUCCGCGUAAUCCUAAGAGUACUGCAUAUAUGAAGAACCACCUACUUCAUGGCAAGGCAAAGAUACGAGUUUCCAGUAGCAGUCCUUAAAGCCAAGGGGGAAAACAUACUGCGGACCCCCAUUGAAACACAGAGGAACCUGUUUAUACUUGAUUUUGUUUCACAGAAUACCGGAAACUAUGCUCGUGCAUGUUUGCACAGUUGUUGAACGCAUGGAAAGACUACUGGUAAUACACUUUCUUAUGAUCAACUUGUGGAAUUAGACUGCUGCUUAGCUUUAUUCGUCCCAUAUAUAUGCCAGGAAAUCAAAUGUCAUUUUUUAUUUUAUGUUAUUAAUGGCUUAUUCACUGUAAAUUGUGUCUUAAAUCAAACUUAAUGAUUGUAUGUUAGUAAUUUGUCUGUAUUGCACAUCACUGGCUAAACUUUUGCCCCUCAUCUGUAGCUGUUGCACCAAAAUUUCUUGUUCUUAGGUCCACUGCAAACUCGCAGUAUUACUUUUGUUGCGGUUACAACUAAACAUGGGGUUCUUGUUACAA